AUGUCGGUUAAUGCAACUGCUACUGCUAAUCGGGUGCCAUUUGAUCAAAAUGACAAGAAAUACAAGUGUUUUUGUGGUGUUUUACACAUCAAGGUAUGUUUUUCACAUUCUUUAAGAAUAUCGAAGUGAGGCCUUUUUUGCCCUAUUUGAUAAGGUUUUGAAAUUUAUUAAAAUUACUCUUGAAAAACACAAAUCUAGAACUUUUCCUAUUCAGAGCUCAAAAUAAUCCAAUAUAUUUAUGUUUCAAUGGUCCCCUUUUAAAUGAUAUGUAUGUGUUUGUGUUCCUUUAAUAUAUGUGUGAAACAUUUUUUCACUCCAAUAAUUGAAAACAAAUAAAAGUUCAUGAUCAAAUUUGAAAAAAACUCUAUCUACCCUGAAAUCUAACUUUAAAAAACGAAAACCCCAUUUUUCAGAAAGGUGCUAGAUUAGUGGCAGUUUUGGUCAAUAUCAUCACUGCUAUCAACAUAAUUUUCAGCUUCACCAGAAGUUCGACAGUUAUAGUUUACACAUUGACAAGGUGAAAAAUGAAAACAUUUAUCUUAUCAAAGAAUUUAUAUUUUUUCAGCACUGCAUUCUCGGUUGUUGUUUUUGGAAGUUUAUUGUAUGGAGUUUGGAAAGAGAAACGACUUUAUUUGUAUCCUUAUAUAGUUUUUCAGGUAUUGUUUAAAAUAAUUUUCAUUUGAAACAAAAACUUUAUUAAAUUUUUUUAAACAGAUUCUAUCCAUUUUCAUAAACUUGAUCAUUCUUCUGGCUUUCAUCAUCUCAAUUGCAGUUGGAUCAAAAAUGGUUUUAGAUCUAGCAAACAAUGUAGGAAACAUUGAUAUAACCGAAAGUCAAGAUCAACUUGAUGCAGGUGCUUUUCAAAAAAACAGAUUUUAAAGAAAUUGAGGAAUUUUACAGAUCUGGCGGUGUUCACAGUAUUAUUUGUUCUGUUUUUAUGUAUUGGUGGAUUGAUUCAAGCUUAUUUUGUAGAGGUUGGAUGACAAAACUGAAAUACUCUUUCCAAUUAAAUUUUUCAGGUAAUCUAUAGUUUCCACAACUUCCUGAAGGAUCGUGAAAAUUCGUUCAGUUUCAAUUUUGAGAGCUAUACCAACAGCUCAUUUGCAUCAGAAGUUCAAGUUCCUCCAACUUACCCGAGAGCAGAAGAAUUGGUUUCAUAA